AUGAUCUCUAUCGUCAUCGAAAGUCCACCACUUCCGGUGGUAGUGGUGGUGGUGGUGGCGGCGGGAUGGGCUCAGAAUCGCGCAAAAACGUAGACGAGGAGGCGAAGAAGUUGAAGAGGAGGACGACGAGAUUAUGGAUGAAGUUGAGGACGAGAAUGCGAUCCGCCGCCCGUACCUGGAGGACGAUGAGGAUGACGAUGAGAUUGAUAUUCGUUAUGCGACGGCCACGCAGAUUAAAGCGAUGGCUUCUGGUAGUGGUGGUGGGUUAGGAGGCACAGAUGCAAGUGGUAGUGGUGGUGGUGCUCCGAAGGCCGUUCUCAGUGACGAGCUGUACGCGACAGUGGAUAGGAAAAGUAAACUGAAUAAGCCUCAGCAGCAACAGCAACAGCAGCAGAUCACGGUACAAGUUGCAACGUUGAAAACGAACACACAUUACCCUGGUAAACACUUUAGUGAUGAGUUCAUAGACGAUAGCAUUAGGAACUACAAUAGUCAUACGAACAUAAGUACGAACGUAGGCAAGUUGAACGAACCAAGUGCAGGACCCCUGAGCUCGGCAAGCGCAGGGGAGAUGUACAAUCGUUCAGCUCAUUUCGAUGAAUACUGCGGCAACAACCGGUACUCCGAUACGUCGGACUACUUUAGCCACAGUCAGCAGCAUUACUCGCAAUCACCCAACUCUCACUCGUUGGCCACGACGAUUACUCACAAGAACGGGCUAACGGACGAUGAUGAUCGGUACUCUUGCUCGAAUCCGCCACCGAUCCAUCCGAGAACGUCACAUUCGCUGCCGCGUAACUCGCAGCUUGCCAAGAUCGAAUCGAUCGAUUCCAAUUACAGUGGGGGUGAGGGAAGAUCGAGCAGCGCUGGUAGAGGAGCUGGUAGUUCGGUCGAGCAUAACUUCGUCGGGCACCAUUCGUUGAACAAUCUGCCAAGUUCAUCGAAGGUGACCAAUGAUUAUCUGCACUAUUCCUCGCUGUUGAAAGGAGGAGGCGGUACUGGGGGCGAUUCUGAUGAUCCAAUGAAUAGUAAGAAAACAUCGUCGGAAAGGCUUGAGUAUGAACUGUCGAAUGCAAACAUUUACUCGACAGUGCAGUACAAGAACUAUGAGGAUGAUUUUGAGGAUGAAGAAUACAUGAACUACCAACGUCAGCGGGGCGAGAACAGAGAUGUUUCGAAGGAGGCAUGGCUAAGAAGCAGUUCGUGCAAGGAACUCUGUGAUUAUGGGUACGAUUCAACAGGUCGGGCCGAUUUCUCUCUAAUGGAGCGAGAAUUCUUGACCUCCGAUCGCAUCGACAGUCCUGUGACGCGCUACGACGACUCGCGCCACUCGAUGUACGUGCAAAAAUCGAACUACUCAGUGGAGGUUAGCCAGGACUUCUUGGCUAACGAAGGAAAGGUGUAUUCUUCCAGCUAUCCUGGCACCACGUACAAUACCAUCGAUCAUACGAGCUAUCGCAAACACAAUAAUCAAAACUUCUAUUCAAACUACGAGUACGGGUCUCAGGAUGAUCUUUCGCAUGACAGUUACGAGCUGCUGGAAAAGUCAGACGACGAACUGUACUACAAGUUCAAGGGCGAUUCGGAAGCCCACACAAGAUCCUGCUCGCUGGACUCGGGUAAUUACAUCCCGACGGAUGACGAAAGCAUCCCGGACCAGCAGCAUUCAUCGGGCCAUCAUUCGCAUCACAUUUCUCGCCUCUCGCGGUACUGCUCGAGUUUGGAGGCGAAAAGCAAAAGUGCUCCAGACAUCGACGAUCUCGACGAUAUGUUUUUGAUGGAAGAUCCGAGAGAUUUGCCGCGUGAAAAGCUGUGCGUAAAGUCGGAUGGUAACUUCUACAAGAAAAUCAAACUGGCCAUGGGCGGAUCGUCGCGAAUGUCGAGUCCAGAGUCGCGCAGUGAUUACUACGAGUCGAAGCUGUCCAAGAGCAGUGGUUCGAGCAAGAAAUCGAAAGACAGCGUCUAUCACACGGAUAGCAACAAGAAAUCACGUGAAACGCUCAAGAGCAAAUCGGGAUCAGGUUUUAACUCGCGAGCUUCCAGCCAGGACUCGAAGGAUUGCUUCGGAGGUAUGGAUAUACUGUUGACGAAAAAUUAUGAAAUGCCAACGACCACGAGCAAGAAGGCAAAGUACCUUUCGAAGCGAUUCGACAGCAGCUCGCGAAAUUCUAGUCAAGAUUCCAAAAGUGACUACUACGACGCCAGUGAGCAGCAGCAUGAGCAUGAGCUGGAUGCCGAUGCGGCCGAUAUGUCGGAUGAAAUAUAUUCCCGCGCCAAAGUGAGUCACUCGGACGAGCACAUUCGAGUGGGCGAAGAUGAUGAUGGUUCGUCUUCGAUGGCGAAGAAUGGAAUAUCGACGACUGCGGCAAGUUUUUACGAUAAUCAAAUCUAUUCUUCGACAUUCCCUAGUGCUCAGGCGAAGCCGACCAGUGUUGGGAACGAUGUCGGUGCAGGAGCCAACAAAACUUCACACGUUCACUCAAUCAGUCUGCAGAACGUGGAGCUGGAGAGAAGCUCCCGUUCGGUGGGAUACUCAGCGUACAAAUCUCCCUCACCGGUACUCCCAACAGCCGUACCGAAGCCGAUCGACAAACAGCCACCGAAAACGACGCACAUCUGGCCGGAGGAAAUAGAAGGUUUGCCAACGGCCAUAACAGAGAGCCAGCGCAUCGAUAGAUCGCGAGCUUUCCGCAAAAAAUCGGACAGUGAGAACAUUUUUAGCUUUGAUAAGGAGAAGAUCGAAUCCCUUACCAGCAGCCUAAACGAUGAAACGCCCACGACGGCGAUCAUGGUGGAGGCAAAGGCCAAAGUAAGUCCAGAUUAUCCACUCACUCCGGAGCUGCUAUCGGAGUUCGACAAGCAAAAGAUUGAAUCGCCUCAUAUUCUGCCGAGGAAAACCCGCAAGGAAGAGUUGAUGGCCAAGACGCACUUCGAAGAGUACACGCCGAAGAUGGUUGGGCUGGAAUCAACAGUCAUCAGCGGCAUUCCACCGUACGCUCACGCAACGGUCGAACGCACGAAGUCAGAUCCCAACUCGUUAGCUAAUCGACCCCGGCUAGGACCGAACUCGCGUCGCCAUACGCUGAUGCAUCAGAAAUCGAUCGAUCUUACGCCGGCAGAUUCAAGCGAAGAAGAAUACCUGUACAAGCAAAUUCCUAGCGCUCCGCCAUUGUGCAAAUCACACGGAAGUCACUUUGAGCUGCCACAAUCGUACGAUAUGAACGUGAUCCCAGAUGUGGUCGAGUUGCCAAGGAAUGGUUUCGAGAUGCCGAAGAGUUUCUUCAAAGAUUAUCAGGAGCGUCGCUCAUCGCACAAAACCGUACUGAAGGACGACAUUCCGUAUGUGCUGCACAAGCGACACGUCAUGAACGGGACCGCUCCUUCACCUCUGGUGGAAGGCAAAACUACUCCCCAUCGUAGCUUUCCAAAGCCAAAGAGUCCCAAAUCUCCAAAGUCACCAAAGUCUCCGAAAUCGCCCAAGAUGCUAAUGUCAGACGGUGGGAAAGGCGACGGAAGCUCAUUCGUGGGAUCGAAGGAAAAUCUGCUGCGAGUGAAGGAUGAUACAGAGCUACUGAUAGAACAGACCGGAGCAGAUGAUCAGCAGGGCUUCCUGUUCACGCAAAACAUCGACCUGUCGAAGGUGGAUCCGGUAACGCUGGAGGUGGACAAGACGGUUCAAACAGUGCAGCUAGCAAGUAGUCCGAAACGGGACAUAACAAAGCGCAUGGAUCCACUGAUGUUGGAGCAACUGAAUAGCAAACUCAGUCAAAUCGAGAGCGAUUCCGCAACAAGCUCCAAGACGGAUAGUAAUGCCGCUCAACAGCAACUGCAACAGCCACAAAGAAAGUUCGAAGCGAAACCGGUAGAUCUUCCCUACCUACUCGUAGACAAAAAGAACGUCGAGUUAGCCGUACCGAAACGUGUGGUCAAGACCCGGGUCGCUCCCAUUAAGACAAAGUGUGGAAAAUCGAAGCGCAAUGCCAAAACACGCAUCACUUCCUUUUCAUCUGACGAUGAGAGUCUCGAUUCGGAUGAUGUGUUUGGUUCGGCAGAAGCAAUGCCAACCAAACUGGAAUUUUCUCCACCUCAGUCGCGCAAAGAGAUAGAACCGAUCCUGAAGCAUGAAUCGAGCAAAAUGGCUUCGAACGCGUGGGCACGUGGACAAACGAUGAGCUCGACGGAGAUAGAAGGAUCACCGCCGCAGUGUCGUCGUCUGGCGGAACUUGAAAGUCGCUACCAUACGGUGAAGCUUGAGACAACACAGCUCACCAGCACUGAGUUGCGUCGCAUUUCGGAAAGAUCUUUCUCCAUUCCCAGCUCGGAAGAUGAGGGUAAAAAGCAGCAAACGAAGCCGGGGGAGCUUCUGGCGGACAAAACAGACUCGGCGAAAGGGGUAUCCUGCAACGAUCUGGGCGAUUCUAAGGAUAGUUUGGGGUUUUCAACAAAACAACAGACGGAAACUGCUCUGAAGAAGGGCAAGGAGGACGGGACGGUGACCAAGUUGUCACCCUCGCGCACGAAGCUGAUUGAAGAGCUGAUCGUUUCGUCGAUUGUGAUGCGAUCGAAGGGCCACGCGCCGAUCCUGUUUGCUCAUGCUCGUCUUAACCUUAGUGAAGGGUCAGCUUUUGCAUCGUUACAGCGUCAAAAGGCGCAAGAAUCGCCCACCUCUGGUCGGCGUGCCAAGAGUCUCGAUACGCCGGUAAUUUCACUCCACAAACUACCACCGAUGAAUGCGUUCUCUUCGAAGGAUGAUACGGUGGGGUAUGAAGAGGAAGAGGAAGUGCUGGAGGUGAAACCAUUGCAACAACAAAAAGCAUCCAAAGCGUCGGUAAUUGAAGAGGAAGAGCAGGAAGAUUCGGUCCAUUCUUGUGGAGAUGCAAUCGUUAUCCGCGAUCCGACCAUCUCGCGCCAAACAUCGACAACGGAGGAGGAACGAAAGUGCGUUCGGAUCGAUGCAGAUGAGCUGGAGUUACUCGACCGGCUGAAGUACAUCGAAAAGAUUGAACUGCAGGGAGUGAAGAUAAAAGAGAAGCGCAAAACCAAAACCAAGCUCAAGAGCGGCCAUCAGUUGAUUCUGGAGAUACCGAAGUACAAAUUUGAACCGUUCAGCUCGGGCAACAGCUCCAUCAAAACGUCCCCGGCCAUCAGUCGUGCUAGCAGCGUCGAAAGUACGGGCAAAGCGCGUCAAAAGACGGACAGUGGCACACAAACACCCACGGGAGGUGGUGUCGCUAUUAAACCUCAGCGCAAGUCUACCAGUCCGAAGGGUUCGGAGAAGCUUGUCCAACCGAAACGACGCUCUUCUGACGAAGUGAAGAAAUCUACGUCACCGAACGACAUGCUGCGGACGAAGAGUCAAGAGGCACUGGGCAAGGGAAAAGGGUCAAGUGCUAAAGAGAAAUCAAAAUCACUGGAAAAGAUGGAGCUCAAGCGUCUGGGAAGCAGAGACCGAAAGUCUACGGAAGAAAGCGAACUGGAACGCGCCCGGCGUAAGGAACGACAGCAAAAACUGUACGAAUCGGCUAUGAAACAAACGAUCAACAUGCUCAGCCCGGUGAAGGAUCAACUGCCGCAGUUCCCUGCACCAGAGGAUAAGAUUUCCGUCAAGACCGAGGGCGAUAAGAUCAUCAUCGAUGCGGACAUAAAAUCGAAACCGGAAGAUCACGUGUUUAUUGCCAAAGCGCCGAGAAAGCUGGACUGCGGGUUGGCAAAGAUAAGUCGUAGCUUCGAGGAUCAGAAAAGCGUUGAGAAGCUGGACAAGGCAAGUCGGAGCUUCGAUGAUCGAAGCAAAUCAUUUGACGAUCAUUCGGAUCGUUCCGCGGACGAGAGUAGCAUCGUCAUUAAGAGUCCGACGCGGUUAAGCAGAAGCCAGGAACUGAAGCAAAAGAUCGAAGGGUCGGUCGUGCAUAAGGGGCGGAUGGAGGGCAAGUCGAAAAGCUUGGAGAAAAAGUCGGAACCGCAGUACUUGGAUAUCGAGUACAAGACUCGCAGUUUGGAUCAAAACUACACGGAAAGCAGUGCUUCUUCGUACGGUGGUGGUGAUGCUACCUCUCCCGAUUCGGAGAGUGUAGGACACGGGUUGACAACAGGCAGGAAGCAGGAAGUGGUAAAGGUAGACGUGCACUGCUCCUCCAAGAUGGAUUCACCCGAUUCGGAUAAUAAUCGCGGUGCAUCUCCCAGUGGUCGAGGACGUAAAUCCACGACGGACAGUGAUAGCAAAUCGAUCGAGGAUCAUCGUCCUUCAUCGCGUUUCGAUAAGGGCAAGAGCCUUGAUAGCAAUAUUUCCUCAGAAAAAGUUAACAAGAAGGAUAAGCCGCAAGCCGUGGAGAGACGUGCACUUUCACAGCCAGUGUCAGAGUUUGGAGGAGAGCUCGACAUGCAGGAUAUAAUAUCCGAGCGACGUACGCUCGAUCUGAUGAAGAGACGAUCGGAGGAGAAGGUAGUAGAUUCAAGCACAGCGAGCAUUGCACCUGAUCCAUCAGACGAGGCUGGAGACAAGGAAGCUUCAGACAGAACGAAACAGCCUCCCGGGAAAGUUGGUAGCGAAGAGUCGCUAACGGAAGUAAGCGAACUCAAGGAUGCAGAUGUGAAAGAGAGCGGCUAUCUUCCACCGCCCGUGCGUGUGCCCACCAUUGAGUAUGAAGAACCGUCACUUGAAGAAGAGGACAUUGUGGACGAAGAGGAUGGGUUUGAAGCGGAGGAACUGGAAGCAGUAGAGGUCAAGAACAGGAAGGAAAUUCUGGGAAAGCUGAAUCUCGAAAGAAGCCGAAGCGAUGAAACAGGCUCGUGGGUGACGAUCGCUUGUGAAGAGUUUACCGGCACUGAAGGAGUAAGCAGCCAGCAGGAAGAUUUCGUGGAUAAUGCGGGAACUCACUACAGGAUAGAAUCUCAAGCGACGUUUGAGGACGUAAAAGAGUAUGCAAUGCCCGAAUCGGAGGUGAUUGUGGAGUCAGUUGAUGUGCCCAUACUGUCGCAACCUCAAUCCAAUCGAUCCUCCCCUUCAGCGUUCGAUCAUCCGCUUCCACAGGUACCGGAGAAAAAAGCGGAAGUAGUGUCACCGAUGCGCGAAAAGGUGGUAAGAUCUGCUGCUGUCGAUCGCGAUCAAGAAGCUGAUAAAAAGCAAGCAUCGCAAAGGCGCGGUGAUUUUCUGCGACUAUCAAUCGAAAGAUCUCGCAGCUCGGAUACGGGUUCGAGUCGUGAAAAUGAAACAAGUCCUAUUAGACAUGACUCCAGCACUCCUCGCGGUAAAGGGUCGCUGGAUGAAGAAUCAAGUCUGAGUUGCUCCAUUUCACGACCAUUGGGCAUAUCGCAGGACAUGGACUCGAUGGAGCACAUGAAGUGCCGGGAGCUGCGUGAAGCAAUGCUCAAGAUGGAAGAGUACGAUGAUGGAGUGGCGGUCAAGAAGGUUUCUCCAACGCUUGAGAAGCAGUACCCGGUAGACUUGGGGUCUGGAUCGGAGCUGGAUAUAGAAACUCCGGAAGAUCGUAUUUCAAGAUUGCUCCAGCGUGAAGAAAGUGAGUCUAGUUCGGAUAAUGGUGCGGAGGAACUAUUGCAAAACCGAAGGGUGGUGAAACCCGUCCGUACGACGUUACUGCACAAGAAAGUAUGCCGAACGGCACCGCCGAACGAGAAACAAACUCAACAAACUACUGCCGAGUUGAAGUCGGGAACUUUGAAGCUGCUCAGUGCCGAUGGAGGUGAUCGCAGCUCGCUGGAAUCAAAGUCAAGCCUAGAAUCGAAGGGAUCGUUGGGAUCAUUCGAAACCGAGAGUAGUUCAGGAUCGUUGGGAGCAGCACAACGAAAGGGCGAUCUGCUGCAGAAAGAGCAGGUGUCUACCUGGCGUCCUUAUCCGAUCGAAAGCUCCGGCAGCUCAAGCGUGGAGGACAACUGGCUUCCACCAGAGCAAGAAAGUUACGAAAGCUUUGAAAUUGCGACGGAAACGAUAGAGAUACAGAAAAUUCCGCUGCAAGAUUCGAAGGAAUUGUCUCCGGACGAGCAGAAGGAAAGUGACUCCGACAUACAGGACGAGCUGAACGAUUUCCCGGCGACGUUCGGCUACCCGGAGAUGACUUCCACACUCGGUAUCGCUAUCAAUCCGGUAGAUAUACUUGGGUAUGGAGCGAGCUUCGGUGUGGGCCGAACGUUGUCGCGAAUCUCGGAGCGCAGUACGAACUCGGAGAAAUCCAGCGGCGAGGAGGUGGCAGAGGCGGAAAAAUCGAGUCUGGAAGAUUUGAGCGUGCACGACGAAUCGGCCAUCUCUAGUGAGCAUCAGGCGAGUCUCAGUUCCGAUCUACAUUCCAACUCGAAUCCGGCCUACAUUUCCGAUGCCGACCGUAGAACUUCAGCGGAAAUGCCGGAUAUUCCGUGUGAUUCGGCUGCGGCAGAGCGUCUGUCGGAGAUUUAUCAGAGCAAUGUGGUGAGGAACGGCCGCUUCACAGUAUCGCACGUGACGGAAGGUGGUGCUGGCAGUGGCCUAAAGAAGGUAGAAAGUAAACCCGACUUGCAGUGUCUUUCGGGAGGAGGUGGUAGUCAAGAUUCGGAAGAUUGGCCGUUACCGGACAUACCCUACGAUAGUACACCUGGUGAGCGGUUUGAUCCGUGCAUCGGAGGGCCUCCAGGUAUGAUUAUGCCACCGCCGAUGAGACCCUACUGGACGGAACAAGCGAUGGCCGGAGCGCGACAGUCACAGGAGUCUGACAAUUGGCCUACACCACCAUCCAGCAUGCUAGAACACAUUCCAAUCGUGGAGAACGUGCAAACGUUCCAUGUCAACGAACCACAGCAUCCGAUGCAGGUAAUGGUGGAAUCGUUCACGGAACCUACCACCGGAGGAUCCGAUGACUCCGAUCCGGAUUAUGCGGAGGUUGCUGGUGAUGAGAUUCCAGAACCUCCGAAAAGGGACUACGUGCCAACAACCUCUGGAUCCGGUUCAUACUCGGGAUCAUCCCUGUCCGGGAAGUCUGGAUCCUCACCAAGCCCGUCACUGUCAAUGGUGGUUCCUUACGAGAGCACUGCUUAUCUGGUGUCCGCCAUGCAAGAUUCAAAGACUUACGAGGCGGCAGUUACGUACGACAAUGCGACCUGUCUGAGUGGUGCUCUUGGUCCGACCAGUUGUCUCAAGUCAACGUUUGACAUAUGUUCAAGCCAGCGUCUACCGGGAUCCUCCACGACAGGGAUCGUGGGCAAAGACUCGAAUCCCGAUCGUGUGAUCAUAUCGCAACCGACCAAGUCUCCCCAGAACUUGAGUCCCAUCACGGAUGAUGAUUUCUUCAUGAACGAUGAAGUGUUCGGCCCAGGCACGGUGAAGAUUGAGAUAUCGCCGGAUGACAGUAAACCUUCAUCCUCGGGCGGUAUGGAAUACGGCACGCAGCAGCAAAAGUUUUCCCGAAGCUCCAACAACUCCGACACCUCGAUCGACGAUAUGCUCUCGACGUCUUGCGGCACGUACAUGGAGGAAACGGUACGGUUGCGCAAUCUAGAGCCGCGUCGGCUAAGCAACGAAUCGUGCAAGAAAUGUUCGCACAGCUCGCAUUCCGAGGAAGAAACGAGCUCGUUCGGUACGGACCUGGACGGGACGGUAAAGAUGGGACUGCAGCAAAAGCGCUGCACGCACAGUUCGCACUCGGAGGACACCUCGAUUGGUCUUAGCAUUUCCGAAUGGUCGACCGGUACGAACACCGUGCGGCAGUAUGCCAAUCUGUCCGGAUCGGACAGUCUGUCGGCCGUAUCGAACCAUUCCGGCAAUGCCAAGAGCGAAAAAUCGAACCACACCAAGAGCUCGAUCAGCUCGAGCGUCCACAAGUCAACCGAGAGUCUAGAUGAAAAGACAAGCGGUAGCUUUUCCAGCAGCAACACGAACCAGGCGAACAAUACCGGUGGAAAGCGCUUUUCGCUGGAGAAUGUGUCCGAGAACGGCGGGUGUCCGCGGUACGAGCCGUUCAGUAACUCGGAAACGGACACCAAGUUUUCGUCGGGCACCAAGAGCGACGACACUACGCUGACGCUCACCGAGAUGGCGCAAACCAUCACGGAAUGGUCGACGAGCAGCAGCAACACCCUGAUCGCGCAGGUCGAAGCGCUGAAGCAGCUGGAAAGUAGUGGAGCCGGUGCUGGUAGUGCGAAAGGUACCUCCUCCGGCGAACGAUCAUCUGCAACACCGACGCGCACAUUCGAGUACGUGCCGCUAAAACCCCCGAAGGUGGUGAAGAAGGUCGCGGUCGCAUCGCCCGAGGAUCACGGACGCAAGGAUUUGCCGGGAGUGCAUGCGAAGCCGCAGGUAACGAAACACAUCCCGACAGAGACAGGAACAAGCUCGAAGGCGGCAAAUGAAGCGAGCGUGAUUCCUGAUCGUCCUACGAGACUACCGCCCAAGAUUGUGGAUGUGAUCGAGAAGAGUCCCAAGCGAAUGCCGGUAACGCAGCAGCCUCUACCGCAAGGCAGAAGCCCCAUGUCUACGAGGGUUGAACCGCAAGACGGUGCCAGCAAACGGAAAUCGCUCGAAAUGAUGUCCAAGCGUUACCAGAGUCAGGAUAUAUCGGACACGGAAACGUUUACGGAGAAAUUGUACGGACAGAACGAGAAGCUCACGGAGCGGUAUCAAAGCCAGGAGUUUACACCGAUCGCUGCUACUACUUCGACGGCACCUAGCAAACCUCCGCGCGGUGACUCGUUACCUUCCUCCAGCCCAACGCCGAUGGCAGAAAAGCCGUUGAUAAAGCACCAUAGCUACGACGAUAAAACACUGUCCAAGUCGCAGAUCCGCGAGUACAAGACGACCAAGAUGCGCCACAGCCAGUCCUUCCACGAGCAUCUGGUGUCGUCGGAUCUGAACAAGAUAGUGGAGGAAAGUCUCGGCAGUUCUUCGACCACGACUCACACCAGCGAAGCGACCAGUACGGACAAUUCAUCACCAAUGUUUCCACGACCGGAAAAGCUGGUCCGCUGCUCACCGUACUACUCCAGCAGCCUCAGUUCGGAAUCGCCUCCAAUUGCUCCGAACCAGCUGCCGCCUCCGGUGCAGAAACCUCCCCGCAAGAGUUCUCUACCGCGCAACUUCGUUCCCAAGAGUCCACCAAGUGGGAACGAUACAGACAGUUCGCUAGAUCAUCGUGCGCAGGAUCCAAAGCUACGAUCGCGUGGUUAUCGUAAAAAACGAACGGUUCCACUGAAGAAGAGUCGCCUGGAUCGUCCGCUAGAGCACCAGGAAAGUUCCGAGUGUUCGGAGGGCUAUUUUCCGGAACUGGAAUCAGGCUCGUCGGACGCGGUAAUGAUGGAACAUCAGCAUCAGCGUUAUCCAGACUUUGAGGAAGAGUUGGAGCAGUUGCCGGAAGAUUACGAAGACGAAACGUACCGGGCAGAUGAGGAUGAUGUGACCCCGAGCCGCAAUGGGGCGGGGGUGUACCCGAGUGCAUCGUAUUCGAACAAAUUCGAGGGUCUCGACAUGACGGAGAACGUGGAUGAGAUGGGAUUCCCACGCUACGAUCGGUUGGGUCAUAUAACGAACCCGAACCUGUACAAGUCGGACACUCCAUCGCCGCCAGUAAAACCUGCCCGGCAGCGUCGAUUGCGCCAGACGAAGCGUGAUGAACAGCACGACCUGGAGUACCAGGGUGUACAGUAUACGCCGGAAAGUGGCAGCUGUUCCGAAACGAAAGCAGGCCUGUCGGACGAUGUGUGCUACUCGAGCGAGGACAGUUUCGCGGCGGGCUAUAACCGUAGCAGCGGUGCCAGUGCCGGUGCUAGCUCACGCUAUCAGAAGAACGUGGAGAUCCCUUACCCGGACUUCCUGUCCGAUUACGAGAACGAAUCGUCGUCGGCCUGUUCCUAUGCCCGGCGCAUGGAACAGGGUCGCCCGCGGUAUGUGGAACUGGAGGCGCAACAUCAACAGCUGCAGCAGCAGCAUCUUGAGUUUGUCGAAUCGGAUAAACCGCUCGAUGUGUCGGUUGCGUUCGACCUGAAAGCCUUACCGCCACCGAUUUACGUGGAAGAGGAAGAGGUCGAUCCCGAAGGGGAUGAUAUGCCCGGGCCUGAAGAGGACGAUGAAGAGCAAGAUAAUGCUGUCUAAACGAAUCUCGAACUGAGCUGAACGAUGCGAUUCUAGGACGCAAACGUGUAGAAGUAGCGAUCAGCCAAAGGAACACAGUAACAGUUUCCAGUGCCAAUGUUGAAACCCCAAGACGGCCGUGGUGAAGAAGGAAACAUGCCACAUCUUAACAUAAUCCGUUAGUCGCCCAUUAUUCUUCCUCAUGAAUAUUAUCGCGCGUCCCGCUAAAUGUAGCUCGCGGACAAGCUUUUAACAUGGAUGAUGAAUCUCACCCCAUUGUAUUCUUCUGUUCGCAACAGUAUGGGGGGGGGGGCUGAAAUGGAAGGAUCCAAGCAAGCAAAAAGGGCAUAAUAACGUACCUGUGUUGUUUCCUCUGAUUGAGUGAUUUUUUACAUUAGCGUUUAUACAUUACCAUUUUUGGGUUGUUUUUUAAAUCCUCGAAAAGUUUAUCCGUAUUCUACGUAAGGAUAGUGUGUGUGUGUGUUCGCCAACCCUCAUGCUCUGUCGGCUCUGAGGGUAGCUAGAGGGUAGCGUUAGUACUAAAUUGUUGACAUUGGCUUUCUGUGUGUUCAUCUCUGCAUUUACUAGACGAAAAAGCUUAUUAAGAGGUUAUGUGAAGCGACAACCACCGUUACAUUAGCAGAAGAAGCAUUUCGGAGCAACGGAGAAUAAGCGUAUCUUAUGAAUAUCGUCACGUUUUCCAUUUGUUUGUAGUGGUUAGGUCUGCAGUGUCGUAAGAAAGGAUUGGAAAGGAGUCGUAGGGAAACGAAAGUUGAAAAGAGAUUAGGUUAAAAAUGGAAGUAACAGUAUUACAGAGCAAAUGCAGGAAGUAAAUCGUUAUAACUCGUGUAGCAUAGUAUAGUGAAGGAUGAGUAAAAAACGCAUAAUAUUCUAAUAAUCCAGAGUUCUAGACUUGCAAACAUCCAUAUAUUUAUGAAAUGUUGAACGGAAAAUUGAUGAUAGGGCAAGCGGGUUGGAAUUUACGUUAACAAGCGCCCUGUCUUUCUUUGCGGUUGUUAAUCAAUUAAUUUGCUAGGCAAAAGUGUUGAGCUAAGAGAGAGGGGAAACUUUACGUGACAACGAGUCAAAGGAACGAUAUUUAUUUGUGUUUUCCUAUCCUUGCCUUAUUCCGGAAGUUCUUCAGAAUUUAUAACAAAAAGUCUAACAUUCAUUAUAAAACGGUUUUCAAUGUUUUAAAGUAUCGAUCAAUCGUGGGGUUGCUAGCUGCUCCACGCACAAUGAGGCCAAAACCGGAAGACAGCGAAUGAACUUAGAUUAAUGGAGCUCACCACGGGAUGCGAUGUGACCGUUUGGAACGGUGGGGUCGGCCAAAGCGGCCAAGAAGACACGCGUUGAGCAUGUUUUAUAAUGAAUUUUCAACAUGUUUCGAAAAUAAUUUCACACUAAACACACAUACACACAUUUAUAUUCAUUCGAGGGCUGACAAAAGCCGAGUACUCUAAUAAGCACGCACAAAUAUGCGCAUGACGAUAAGUAUGUUAUUAUCAUAGACAAUGUUGUUUACUUAAGGCAUUUAUGAAUAUUGAUGAGCAGAAGGACACGGAAAGCGUGGCGGCGCAUAUAUACGAAAGUCGAGCAAACUUAUAUUAAACAUUACGCAUAAUUAGAAUUAGUUACUGGUGGGACAUGAUCUCGGGUUUUUGGGAGGUAGCGCAAAAAAAAGCGGAAGGUUUAAUAUGUUGUGAAAGCGAUGCGAGAAAGCAAAAGAAAAAGAAGAAAAUAUCUAGUUUUUACUCUUUGAAAACAUGUUCAGACAAGCCAAAAUGAUUGCCAAAAAAUAACCCUUCCCUUACUAGCAGCCAAAGACCGGCCAGUCGGUCAGUACUAUUGCUUCCGAGCCCGCUAAUGGUCUAUGGAGCAGUGCAUGGAAACUCAAUUUUUCGUAAAACAUUUCACAAGCAUAUUACCAGUUAAAGAAAA